AAUUUUUAAAACGUGAAAAUGUCACAAAUUUUUCGAAUUCAUGGAUUAAGACUACACCUUAAGAUAUCCGAUGCUGCCAAUGUACAAAAUAAAUUUGUUUCCUUCCAAAGAUGCCUUAAUUGUGAAACUCUUCAAUCAACAAUUCACGAAAAAGGAAGAACUUCCAGGGGCUUUUAUCGCUAUUCCACUUUGCCCAUUGUAAAUUCUACACCAAGAACAAAAAAGCCAAAAAAGAAAAAGAAUUUCAAAAAGCGUAUCAUAGAGCAAGAAUUGGUUAAAGUUUUAGACUGGAGGUUACAAAGACUAAAACCUUCUUGCAAUACUGACACUAGUCCUGUUAUACAACACUACAGCAACUGUGAUGGUUCAUUCAAUCCAGGCAUAUUCAAGCCUCAUAGGGCAACACUACCCAACUCUUUCAUACAGAACAGUGUACCAAACAGGACAACAGACACUUCAAAGUUUUUUACACAGGACGGCAAUAAAACAGUGUUCACUUCAACAGACUGGGUGAAUGUCCUACACUCAAAAAUGAAAAAGGCAAAGCCUUCAAACCAACAAUGGCUGAACCGUGUGUCAACUUUCAAACAGCAAAUGAAUAAAGUUGUUCAAGACAGUUAUCAUGAGGAAAUCAUGAAACCAGAGAAUGAAUCCAAAAGUUCCUCUGAACUAUGUGACACUGAAGUACCCGGCAAAAAUUUUGAGGUUGAAUAUAAACAGUGUGUUAACAGUGGUGCUAUUAGUUUAGAACAACUUGAAAGUGAAUUACAAGGAAGUGAAACUGUUACAUCUAGUCAAGAUAUAAUCAAAGAAACUGAUGUAGUUGAUACUAGACUUGAUCCAAUUGAAAUUGAUCUGAAUAAACUAGUUGAUAUACCUCACAAGGAUAACACUAGCAUCAAAAAGGCCAAAAUAGUCAAAGCAAACAAAUCUGAUGUAACUAAAUCAAAAAAACAGAAUGCAAUAGAAAAGGAAAUUAAAGAGAUAGAACAACUGAGAAAAUCAUUGGAGGAUAAAACAUUAGAUAUGAUGAAACUUGAUCCUGAUUUGUUAGUUAAGGCUUUAGGGAAUAAAGCAGCAGCCAAUAUUAUAAUAGAGAAAAGACACAUGGAUAAGAUAACAAAGGAAUUCAAUGCAAGCCUGGAGGCAUAUGUGACAGCAUGUAUUAGCUGUGACAUGUUGGAACCUGCUCAACAUACCCCCAACUGCUACAGCUGCAAGAACAUUGCUCCGUCAUUAUUGCAGAAAGGCUAUGUCAUCAAGGAUGCUGAAAUAUACAAUAGAUUAAUGCAUGCUAUGGCAAAACAGGGUCGGUUAAGAGAUAUCAUCGCCUUAUUUGAUAACAUGGAAACCAAUAGAGUUGCUCCUACCUUACAAUCUUAUGCUGCUACCUUAGAGUGCCUCAAUCGACAAACUUUACUAGCUGGAAAAAAGAAUGUACCUUUUGAUUAUGAUACUGCUGAAAUGAUUCUACAUGACAUACAUAAACAGAAAUUUAAACUCAAAGAUAUACUAAGCUCAUGUGCUUUCCAAAUGGAUGAAAAAGAGCAAGUGAUUCAGGCUAUUAAGAAGUGUGACAAAAACUUCAAAGCAAAUCCAGUGCAGAUAGCGAAACACUACUCAUGUGACUUACUCUCAGAUCUAAAUGAUCUUAGCAACGAGGUACCUCCAGAUAAUCCAUUUGCCAAUGUACUGCCUGUAGGGGAUUUAACGAAACAAGCCAUUGAGCAAUAUCAACUGGAAACGCAAGAUCAUAUAUCCGUACAGUCCAUUGAGAAACGUGAUCCAGAAAAUGCUGAAAAAGAAAAAGAAAUGGGAGUCAAACUGAAGAAGCUACAGCACGCAUGGAGGAACUCAUUGAAGGCUGGCUUUGAGAGGAAAUUAAAAGAGUUGGAGAAUGAUAGAACUCGUACUAUACAUCUUGGAUUAUACCCCUACCUCAAACUGUUCCCUCCUGAAACGUAUGUAGAGCUUAUGAUGCAGGAGAUUCAAAGACUAGGCCUGGCAUCAGAAAUGUUCAGUCCAUCAAUGUUUAUAUUAGCAACAACACUGGGACACCGUCUCAUGCAGAAAUAUGUCAUACACACAAAGCACAAGGCAGGCAGUGCUAAGAAGAUUCGUAAGAUGUAUCAUGAAUACAUAAGCAAGUACAAUGCCAGCCAGUUAAAGGAAGGAAAUCAUAGAGAAAUGUGGCAAACUCUUUGCCAGAAGUUCACCGAUGGACCUACACUGGAUGUCAAAGAUCCACUUUGGCCCGAACAGGUCAUGAGAGAUGUGGGUCACUUCAUGUACAACAUCAUCCUGUCUGAGACAAAGAUAGCUGCAGGCAAUACCCCUGUUUCAGGAAUCAAAAGUAUUCCAGCAUUCUACAACAUAUACCGUAACCAUAGCAACAAAAUGAAGGAAGAAGUCAAGCCACAUCCAGCAUUAGUGCGUUUAUACAGAGAUGUAGGGAUUCGAAGCUUGACCUUCGACAUCUAUGAAGUACCUAUGCUGGUGCCACCUAUUCCUUGGACCUCUGUCAGAUCUGGGGGCUUCAUGCUUGCCUCAACAAAACUUGUCCGUCUCCCUGAAGCUCACCCUGAGCAGCAUGAAGUGAUGGCAGCCUGUCCCCCAGAGCAGCUCUACCCAGUCUUGGACUCACUUAACACACUCAGUAGCUGUGCAUGGAAGAUCAACAAAGAAGUCCUGGACAUUAUCAUUGAUGUGUUCAACUCAAAAGGAGAUAAAAAUCUUGAUAUUCCUCCCCCGAUAUCAGAGUGCCCAUCAAUACCACAUCUGGACAGAAACAUGGACCGUAAGGAGCGGGCUCAGGUCUACCAAGAUAGACUGCACCUUAAACAACAGAAGAGUGAAAUGUACAGUUUAUGGUGCAAUGAGCUCUACAGGCUUUCCAUUGCAAAUCAGUUUCGAGAUUGCAUAUUUUGGUUUCCCCACAACAUGGACUUCAGAGGCAGAGUAUACCCAUGUCCACCUCACUUCAAUCACCUAGGUAGCGAUGUCGUGCGUGGUAUGCUACAGUUUGCACAGGGUAAGCCACUGGGUGACAGUGGCCUGAAUUGGUUGAAGAUUCACCUCAUAAACCUCACAGGCUUCAAAAAAAGAUCUUCAAAUGCAGACCGACUUGCAUUUGCCGAUGACCAUAUGGCAGACAUCUUAGAUUCUGCUGAUAACCCCAUGACAGGUAACAAAUGGUGGCAGAGUUCAGAUGAGCCUUGGCAGACUCUUGCAUGCUGCAUGGAGAUUGCUAAUGCUGUCAGGUCUCCCUCAAUCUCCAAGCAUAUCUGCCACUUCCCUGUGCACCAGGAUGGCUCCUGUAAUGGCCUACAGCACUAUGCAGCUCUAGGCAGAGACCAAGCUGGAGCUGCCUCUGUGAAUGUUGCUCCUGGUGAUGUACCAGCAGAUGUAUACAGUGAUGUAGUAGCCUUGGUUGAAGAGGAGAGAGCAAUUGAUGCAGAGAAUGGAAAUGAUAUAGCAAAGUGUCUCGAGGGCUUCAUUCGCAGAAAGGUGAUUAAACAGACAGUCAUGACCACAGUUUACGGUGUUACCAAAUAUGGAGCUAAGGCACAGAUUCUGCGACAGUUGAAGGACAUUCCAGAGUUCCCUCAAAGUGAAGCGUGGGCAGCGAGUAUUUACUUAGCAGAUAAAACCUUUACGUGUCUACAGGGAAUGUUCCCAGCUACCAAAGAAAUACAGGAUUGGCUAACACUUACAGCCGAACUGAUUGCCAAAACAUACAGUCAGCCUGUAGAUUGGGUCACGCCAGUAGGUCUCCCUGUCAUACAGCCAUACUAUAAAGUCAUCAAAAAAGCAGGAGGGAUUACUUUACAAAAGCCAAAUUCACAAAAGCAGAAGAAUGCAUUCCCUCCAAACUUCAUCCAUUCGUUAGAUUCUACUCAUAUGAUGCUAACCUCCAUUCACUGCCUCAGGGCUGGUAUAACAUUUGCUUCUGUCCAUGACUGUUUCUGGACCCAUCCAUGUGAUGUAGAGAUCAUGAAUAGAAUAUGUAGAGAACAAUUUCUCGCCCUCCACAACCAACCAAUACUUGAAGAUCUGUCCAAACAUUUCAUUGAGAGAUUUAAAUCUUUCAAGCAUGACAGCAUGUUUGGUGAGAGGACUUCAAGGUACAAGGCCGAGAGGUUAGCCCGAGAAUUCCUAGAUAAUCUCACAUCAAAUCUUCCAAGUCGAGGUGACUUUGAUCUCUCUGAAGUGCUUGAUUCCACCUAUUUCUUCAGUUAGAUUCUAUGGUGAAUCUCAUGUUAAAAAGGAUCAUGAGAAGAAAUGAUGUGUUAUAUAGAUGGAACACCAAGCAACUGUGUAUGACUUCAAUAGUGCAGUAAACAUUAUACUCAACUGGCUCAGGAACAUUUUCUUGGUAUAAUGGAUUACAUUAUAUGUUAUUUACAGGAUAAAAUUCAUAUCAUUAUGCUCACUUAUAGGUUGGAGUAAUCUGUGCAAAUUGUUUACCCCCAAUUGAACAAUUAGAUAUGAGUAUUUAUUCUGCGGUGCUAACAUAUUGUUGUUUAUUAAAAGUUUUAAUUUACAGUAUUUCUGUAUUUUCUGUUAUAUAUUGUUACAUUUGAUUGUAAAAUACCUCUGUGUUAUUAUAUACAUGUAUCUAGUGUCUUAGAACCAAUGAGAUUGCC